AUGCCUUUCCGCGGGUACUGGGACGAUGAGGAGGAGCAGGCGCUCCGCGACGCCGUGCAGAAGCACGGCAUCGGAUCGUGGGAGAAGAUGCGACACGAUCCUGACUUUAAAGUUCUGAAGGGCCGCACGGGCGUGCAACUCAAGGACAAGUGGCGGAACCUCAUCAAGUUCCAGCACCUGAGGCGGGGAGAGGCGGAGAGCGCCCCGCACAGGACCGGCGGCAGGGGCCCUGGACCGGGAGCCAAGCGCAAGAAGGCUGACGACGGCGACGGUAAGGCCGGCAAGAAGGCCAAGCCCGGCGCCAAGGGCACAGCUGGCAAGAAGGACGAUAAACCCGGCAAGCCGGGCGCCAAAGGAAAGGUCAAGGGCGACUACGACGACGAGGACGCCUUCGACGACGAUAAACCCGGAAAAGCCUCGGGCGGGAAAACCUACGGCAAGAAGCAGAAGCUGGGCGUCUCCGCCGACGCCGUCUCCACCAAGUCGGAGCCCGCGAACCCCAAGAAGCGGCUCAAGGCUGUCGCGGCGUUGGCGGCGGUGGAGGAGCACAGACCACCCCCCGACCUCGACGCCUUGGAGCGCGCGAUGCAGGCGGACGCGAUGAAGAUCGACGAACUCAGACGCAGGCGGGAGAGCGCCGUGGGCGAGGUGAAGGACGCGGAGAAGGAGUUACUCGCGGUCAAGACGAGCGUGGAGGACGCGGAGGCUGUGUACAACAACGUUCGGUCGCAGCCGCCCGGUGGGUACCACCACGACCACCACCACGACGACCAUCACGACGACGCGCAUCACGACGACUGGGACAAGUUCCUCGAUUUCGGCGACGAGGGUGCCGAGGGUGCCGAGGGUGCCGGGGCCAAGUCCCCGCACCGACAGCCCAGGCACAGCCAGGGCGCACAGACAGCGGGACAGCCGCGGUUGAGCGAAAACGAUCCGGUGGCUCGAGCCGCGGCGGCGGCGCGGAUGAGCGACCCGGUCCAGUCCCCGGCGGCGGCGGCGGCGAUGCGCGACGCCGCGAACGCCGCGGUGCGGGUGGCGUCCGAGCCCGUGCACAACCCCAACCAUCGCUCGCACCUGCCGAGCCUGCACGAGGCAGAGCAGUUCCUCCUCCAGGAGCUGAAGAAGCUGGAGGCGGCCAACGCUCGACUCAUGUCGGCUCGAGCGCACCUGGAGGUGAUCGACCGACAGCUGGCGGCGGCCAUCGCGAGCGCCGCCGAGCGAAGCGAGCAGCGCGUCGCGAUGAUGCGACGGAACCCGGCGCUGGGCGGGCCCGUGAAGAAGACGUGGGGCGGGCCGCCGGGCGCGAGGAAGAUCAAGGAGGAGAUCAAGGAGGAGGAGGAUGACGAGGAGGAGGAGGAGGACGACGACGAGGACGACGACGAUGCCGAGGAGAGGAAGAAGACGACCCAUCGGAGGAACACGGCGGCGAGCGCGGGGGGCGCGCCCGGGGGUAAGGUCAUCGAGGACCGCCGCUUCGGCAUCUACGACAGCAGGCGGUACCGCAUGGAGGGCGAGCCCGCGCCCCCGGACCCGUCGAGCGACGAAGACGACGAGCCGAAAGUCGGACGGGGCCGCGGGCGAGCCGCAUCCGCCGGUGCGGGCAAGUCGGUCGCCGGAACGAAAACGCAAGCCGGACGGAAGCCGCCGAGGGUCACGCCGGUGUCGGCGGACGCGGUGAGCGUCGGCGUCGGCGGCCGGGGACGCGGACGCGGCGCGGGGGCGGGCGGCGGCCGGGGCAGGGGCCGGGGCCGCCCGCCCAAAAACCAAACCGUUCCCGCCGUCGACUCCGGCUCCGAGAUCGUGUCCACCAAGGCGGGAACGAACCUCAAGCGACACCAGGGGUUCCAGUUUCGGGGUCAGAACAACUCCGGCGCCUUCGUCGCCCCCUCCGCCGCGGACGCCGCGACGUACAUCGCUCCGUCUUACAUUCGCGGCCAUCAUUUGCGGUGGCUCAUGAAACGAGGGCGGACUCGGAAUGCGGUGGCGAGGCCCGCGUCGGGUCCCACGUCCUGGGCGGCGAUGUGCUCGUUCGCGCUGUGGAAACCCGCGGAGCUCAAGGCUGCGAUCGCGCGGGAGAAGGAGAUGGAGAAGGAGAAGGAGGCGAACGCGACGGACGAGGAGGAGUCCGACGAGGACGAGGACGACGACGGGGGCGGCGGGUACGACUCGGAGGAGAGCGGUCCGAUCGGCAGCGGUCACGCGCACAUCGAUUUCGACGCGUUCGGGUACGAGAUGGGCGACGACGGGGACAUGGGGAUGAUCAUGGACAUGGACUUUGGGGAGGACUUUCACCCCGGCAUGUCGCCGUAG